GAAAAAAAAAAAAAAAAAAAAUAUCCCAAUAUUAUCAUACAUGUCUCUAGCUCAUCGACCUCGUGUUAUUGUUAAUGGCGUCCAAAGAAUGAGAACUUUCCAUUACUUCAGGUGCCAAAAUUGCCGACGAGUCACUCGUCUCUCCUCAACUAUAAACCCCUUUGACCUCUUUUGCCCACAUUGCUCUCAUGAGCUUCUUCACGAGCUCGACCUUUCCAGGCCGCGCUUCUUCUCUCCUAAUUUUCCCAGCCAUGUCGCGCCCGCGCCCCCGUCGCGCUUACUAGACUCUUUGGCUCUCACCCUCGACCCGUCAACACGACAGGAACGAAACAGAAACAUUGAAAGAAGAACGAGAUGGGUACUCGAAUCCGAUCACCGAAACAACAGCACCGAAGACAACCUCCAGUCGUGGAUAUCUCUCCAUUUCGACAACCCAACUCGCCCGCCGAGACCUGUUACAAUGCCGGAACUCGAGCCUCGAGAUAAUAAUAAUAAUAAUAAUAAUGAUAAUAUCAAUUAUGCCGACGUUGAGAUGGACUCAAUGCAUCAGAUCAUUGAAGAAAUGACUCAAAACGAUCGACCAGGGCCGCCUCCGGCAGCACGUGCAGUGAUCGACGCGCUGCCGAGAGUGAGAAUCUCGGAGUAUCAUUUGAUGCAAUCUUGUCCAGUUUGCAAAGAAGAGUUCGAGGUUGAAGGGGAGGUUAGAGAGCUGCCAUGCAAGCAUUUAUAUCAUUCUGAGUGCAUAAUCCCGUGGCUGAGGCUUCACAAUACGUGUCCUGUGUGUCGCUACGAGGUGAAAGAUCGAGAUGAAGAUCAAGAUGAAGAGAAUGACAAUCGGAAUGAGAAUAAUGGGUACAGGUUCGAAGAAGAGCUAGCUAAUAAUAUAGAUUGGCUAUGGAGUCAGCUAACGUGUUUGAGACCAGUUCGUGCGUUAUCGGAAUGGAGUCGACGAUACUUUGAUUUUACGGAGAGCAGAGCGACAGCGUCUGGUGGAGGUCAGCUCUUCAAUCUUCUUGCUCUCUAUUUUCUUAUGCUCUUAUUUUCUAUU